CCCAAAGGUGUGUCUUCAUUCUUGUACAACACCAAAAAUCUGAAUAAACCCUCACACCCAACGCGGCUGUGGUGCGUAGACACCGUUUAGGUUAAUUAUUGGUUUGAUUCGUUGAAGUUGAAGUUGAAGUUGAAGGUGACGCAAAUGGAGGUCGAGAUGCAACACAACUUCGAUGUGGACCUCGGCAACCUCAUGGCUUUCGACUCCACUCACAGCUUCCCUUCUCAACCACCUCUUUCUAGGGAGGAACUCGUCAAGCAGAGUUUACUCAAAGGCACACACUUGGUUCAAGCUAUCGCAGAUGCCCUCUUUACCUUACCAUCAACCGAAGAUGUAGAUGGACCCCUUGUUAACUUGCCUCAGCCAUUAACUAAAUUACCAAGAGAAAAACAUCUGCCAAAACCAAAGCCCCCUACUAAAUGGGAAGUUUUUGCCAAAAAGAAAGGCAUACAGAAUCGGAAGAAAGAUAAGAUUGUGUAUGACGAACAAACUGGGACGUGGAAACGCAGAUAUGGGUAUGAUCGUGCAAAUGAUGAAGAUGCUGUGCCUAUCAUUGAGGCAAAAGCAACUGAUGAUCCAGCAGAGGAUCCUUUUGCCAAAAGAAAAGAAAAUAAGAAGCAAAGAGUUGAAAAACAGGAGAAAAAUCGAUUACAGAACUUGAAAGAAGCUGCAAAAUUUGGUGCUUUACCCAGCCAUAUUCAGUUGGCUGCUACAGCUUUGCCUAUAACAGGAACUCAGGCAGCACCCAAGAAAGUUACAAAGGAUGAACUAGGUAAUGUAGCAGGACUCGCAGCAACUGCAACAGCCAGCGGCGGGAAAUUUGAUAAAAAAUUGGCAGGUGAAAAGCCUGCGCAACAUAAAGGAAAAUAUCGGAAGUUCCUGCCAGUGGUGGAAGGAACCGGAAUAGGAUCAUUGGAGAGGGAGCAAACUGAAAAAAUAUUGAACAAGAUUAUGUCCAAGAAUUCUCAUGACAUACUCAACGUUCAAAAGGCUGUCACAGUGCACACUGUGAAGAAAGAGAAGAAACGAAGGAGUGAGAAAGGGAAGGCUUCAGCUACUGACAAGAAAUCUGACAAGAAAUUUGACAAGAAUUUGAAAACUCAGAAGAAGUCUUUUAAAAAGGGAAAUUUAAAGAAAAGCAAGGCGAAAGGAAAAUAGUUUAGAUUUUAUAGAAGGUUGUAGAGUUCUCGGAAACUCUGUUUACUGGUUUCAAGUUUUGUAGACGAUUAUUUCAUCUAUCAUUUGCCAUCCUUUUUGUUUACCAUAUAUAAUUAAAUUAGCUCUUUUAAAUUUUAAUAGACAAGAAAAACGCUUAAUUUCCUAUCAUGCUUAA